AUGGUGGCGCUGCACCGUGUUGGCGGCGGUGAUAGUGUCGCCACGCUCGCGGACAUCGGGUAUGAAGAAGGCGCUGACAGCCAUACCACGCAGAAUCACCUCGGCUUCAGUCCACCGACGGCACCAACCGCGAACACUCCUCUCAAAGCGGGUGGGGCGGUAUCACUAACGGAGCGCCGCAUGCUAGAGCACUACGCGGUCCUCCUGCACGACAUACGCGUCGCAGCCACGCAGGUCGCCACGUCGGAUUACCAUCGCUUUUACGCUGCGGCAGUGGAAGAACUGCUGACAGCGUCAGCGUCUCGGGGUGGCCGUGGUGCCGUCUCCGUGCCGCGCUCCGUCGUUUGGCAGGACGCUGCUGCACCAAAGGACUCUGGAAAUGGCGGAGAGGACGCUACGGCGCAGGCCGAACGUCGCCUCGCUGCGUGGGCAUCGUCCUGGUACACGGAGCUUAAGCAGUGGCAUGCGCGCCACAGCACGCAUGCGCCUGGUACGAGCAACGUUUUUGACGCCCAGCAGUCUCUUCUCAACGGCGAGCUGGGGCAGGACGUGCUUGAUGGUCGCGAGGAUGUGGUAGGGACACGGGAGGAAGACAAGUCGAUGGCGGCGCUGCUGCUGCAGGGCCAGUGGCAGGUCGCCAUCGACAGUCUUCUUGCAGGUGACGCAACACAACCCCCUUUCGCAUCUGCGGCACCGACCGAGCCGCACAGCACCUUCUCUACGGUGCCCCAGCAACUGUCCGUGGCGGAACUCUUCUCUACGGCGUCGGUGCUGCACCGACACCGCGUGCCGUGGCGACCCUCACCUCAACGAGGCUCGGCGAACUCGUCCAGCAGCACGCUUCCGCCGCUGCCGAGGCGCCUUGCCCUUGCCCCCGUGACGCCGACAGAGCUGCGCCUACUUCAAUACCCGCCGUCGCCGGGGCUGCGCGUGCUGUCACACCUGACCGCUUCUGAAGAGCAGUGCGGGGAGUGCCAGGCGAAGUCUGCGGGGAACAGGGUGAAGGUAGCACCGUCGCAGUUGUUGGAGGCAGCCGCGGCUGCGGAGGUGGCAGCCGGCCGUGCCACAGGUACCCCACCGACGUGCGUAGUUCGCCUGCGACGUCGUCUAUGGGUGCUGCAGCACCUCCCGCGUCACCUCCCAGCCUCCCUCAUCCGCUUCCAGGAACCGCGACGACCAUCGAAGCGUGCCGGCGGCGGCAGUUGUUGCAAGGGGCCGAAUAGGACAAUGCCGCGCGCGUACCUCCUUCGCAGUCACGCACUGGAGAAGCUGCCGUGGUACACACUCUGUGUGCUCGGUGAGGUGUUGGAGGUGGGUGGGAAGGACAACUUGACAGUCGCGACGGUGCUGCGCAACGCACGCACACACACAUGCGCCGCGCUCUUCCUUAACGUGCCUGCCGACUACGCGGCCCUGCACGACUACGUGCACACCCUCUUCCUCACGCUCGGCAGCAGCAUGGUCGCACGCGCGGUCGCCACUCAACAGAGGCAACAAGGACGCAGAGACAGUGAGAAGGCUGUCAGUGUGUUCGAAGGCGCCUUUGCGCAGACGGCUAUCGCGCUGCUUCAGCCACCCCCGCCAGAGGCGUACGCAGCGGCCGGACUAUCAGCAAGACCCAUCUCUGCCUCAGGUAAUGCUACCAGCCUUCUCGCAAGAUCGUCGUCGGUGCAGGCACCAAGCCCCAGCACAGACAUCACGGACGUUCACGUGGUGUCGCCGCAGGUGUUUUGCCAUCUCUGUGCCGCCGUGCAGGACUGGCGCAACUACCACCUCUCUCUCUACUGCGAAACGCUAAGCCAAAUCGCGGACAGCGACGGUGUGGCGCUGCGCGAGCUGGCGCGAGUGCUGGAAGUGCAGCCACACAGCGAGGAGGAACUACAAGAGAAAGCGGCUGUGGUGCUGGCGCCAGAGAGCGCGGCCGCAGUCGUCACGGCGCUCCUGCUGCAGCGCCUCGACCAGGUGUCACGGCCGUCUGCGUCGUCCCUGUCGACGACGGACGGUGCCCCUCUCCCCUCCCUCUCCGACGCACCUCGCACCAUCGCCCCACACCCCAGCGUUGGAUGCCACCCGCAGGCCACAUCUCCUUCCCCGCCUCCACUUCCGCAAGUCCUUUAUUUCAUUGCGCCGCACGAUAAGGCGCACGCGGUGGCCAACUACUUCAAGGGCAUCUUCCACCGAUCCUUCUUCAAGCGCGUAGUGACAGCGGCAGCGGCAGCGAAGGAGGAGGCAGUCGUAGGGGCGGCGGCGACGCCAGGCCUAAAGAAAGACCCGCGGCAGCCGCGCGAUUACGCCGCGCCCAUUUCCGCCACCCCCACCACGACCGCGACCAGCCCCCGCACAGCAGAGGAAGGGAACGACAGCGCAUCAGCGCCACCAGCCCUUGUGUUGCCACCGGCUGAGUGGGACCGCAACGCCGCCGCACGCCUUGUCGGUCGCACGCUGCGGCGCCUCGACCGCUACCCAACGCGCACGACGGAGGCCUUCUUUGCCCGUUACGUGCGUGGCGACGAUGUGGACCCAAAGAGGGAGGGUGAGGAAGCGGCCUCCGUCGCAGUCGCAGCCGCAACUCAGUCCGCAUCAACGACGGUUGCCCCCCCGCUCGCCAUGAACCUCUUCGUGGUGAGCCUGCAAGCUGCCGUGGACUACUGGCAUGACCGCCACUGCCGCCCCGUCCUCGACGUUCCACCCACGGCGUCAUGCUCUCCCCAGCAGAAGGGGGAGCAGGCAACCUUCACAGCUCAGUCAGCCGCGACCGUACCAGCAGUCGAUAGUCCAACCAGCGCCCUCGUGGGCACUGCCGCAGCGGCCACGCCCGCUAGCGUGGAAGCCUCGUUGAGCGAGGAUGACAAGGAUGGCUUACCUGACGCAAUCGUUCUACUCGCCUCCCCACCAAUACUCCCGCACGGACUGCACGCGGUCUACAAGCCUGCCGGCGUGAACUGCACCCUGCACGCACACUACCCGUCUCUCGUGUACCCCUUUCUCACUUGCGAGCUGCCCUGGAGGGCGGGAGGGGUGGUGACAGCGGAUGGCAACGACGAGCAUCGUGACGCCCGUGCGUCCUCGUCGUCACUGCCACCGUCCUCUCCACCUUCCUGCGUGCCAGUUCUUCGUCAACAGGGGCUCGUAAACCGCAUUGACGUGGGCACGAGCGGCGUCGUCCUUGUUGCCCGCAACGCGGCCGCGCUGCACGGCGCCACCGACACGAUGAUACGAGAGCACCACAUACGCAAGACGUAUCGGGCGCUCGUGCAACGGUGGCCUCCCUUCUCGUCCUCGUCCAGCGCGUCCACUGUGCCGUACAGCAAUGACAGCGCAGAGGUGGCGCCGCUCUUCAGCGUAUCGCCCUUCUUGUCCCCGAUGGCGAGCACUGUUGUGUGCGCACCGGUGUACGCGGCUGGCGCCACGGCGGCCUCCAUCCGCUGGCGUCCAGCGCUGUCGCUGAGCCAUGACUGUCAGCUUCAGUUGUCCGCGCGACACAGCGCAGACACGCUCUCGGUCGCGGGCGCCGCCUCGACGUUGUCGCAGUCAUCGAGUAUCCCCAGCUCUCCCUGUUCUCUUGCACAUGUACAUCAGCAGUACGCCACCCUGCACGCCGCUCUACAAGACCAGCGGAAUGCCAUCACGUGCUACCGUGUACUCGAGUAUUUCGCGUCUACUGGGGUCGCCUACGUGCAGGUGGAGCUGCGCAGCGGGCGGCGGCACCAGAUACGGCAGCACUUUGCGCAACUCGGCUUCCCUCUUGUUGGCGACGCUCGCUACCAUGCCGGGGUAGCCGCAGGCCACUCGGGAACGACGUUCGGGAUGCAACGAGCCGCGCUCCACGCCUACGCGGUUAACAUCCUCGCCACCACAAGCGGUGACGGCCAGGCGAGCAAUGAGGAGGGACCUAACCGCGUGGUGGUGCAGGCUGCACUGCCAGCCGACAUGCAUCAUGCUCUGCUUGCGCUUCGGAAAGCGGAACAAGACAAGUCGCGUCGGCAGAGACAGCAGCAGCAACCACAACAGCAUCGUGGCUGA